UGAUAGGCAGGGCUGGAGUGUUAGCACCAGUACUGGAUGUGACAGCAGGCAGAGGAGCACUUAGCAGCUUAUUCAGUGUCGAUUCGGAUUCCGGCAAGGAUCCAAGCAUGGAAUGCUGCCGUCGGGCAACUCCUGGCAUACCGCUCUUCUUUCUGAUUUUUCUGCUCCUGAGCUCCAGGACAGCACGCUCUGAGGAGGAGCGGGAUGGCCUAUGGGAUGCAUGGGGCCCAUGGAGUGAAUGCUCGAGGACCUGUGGAGGUGGCGCUUCCUACUCACUGAGACGCUGCCUCAGUAGCAAGAGUUGUGAAGGAAGAAAUAUCAGGUAUAGAACCUGCAGUAAUGUGGACUGUCCACCAGAAGCAGGUGAUUUCCGAGCCCAGCAAUGCUCAGCUCAUAAUGAUGUUAAGCAUCAUGGCCAGUUUUAUGAGUGGCUUCCUGUCUCAAACGAUCCUGACAACCCAUGUUCUCUCAAGUGCCAGGCCAAAGGAACUGCCCUGGUUGUUGAAUUAGCACCGAAAGUCCUAGAUGGCACACGAUGCUACACAGAAUCAUUGGACAUGUGCAUCAGUGGUUUAUGCCAAAUUGUUGGCUGUGAUCACCAACUGGGAAGCACCGCCAAGGAAGAUAACUGUGGAGUCUGCAGUGGAGAUGGGUCUACCUGUAGGCUGGUCCGAGGGCAGUAUAAAUCCCAACUCUCUGCAACCAAAUUGGAAGAUACCGUGGUGGCUAUUCCCUAUGGAAGUAGACAUAUUCGCCUAGUCUUAAAAGGACCAGAUCACUUGUAUCUGGAAACCAAAACCCUCCAGGGGGCUAAGGGUGAAAACAGUCUCAGUUCCACGGGCACUUUUCUUGUGGACAAUUCUAGUGUGGAGUUCCAGAAAUUUCCAGACAAAGAGAUACUGAGAAUGACUGGACCACUCACAGCAGAUUUCAUUGUCAAGAUCCACAACUCAGGACCUGCUGACAGUACAGUUCAGUUUAUCUUCUACCAGCCCAUCAUUCACCGAUGGAGAGAGACAGAUUUCUUUCCCUGCUCAGCAACGUGUGGAGGAGGUUACCAGCUGACAUCGGCUGAGUGUUAUGAUCUCCGGAGCAACCGAGUAGUUGCUGAUCAGUACUGUCACUAUUACCCAGAGAACAUCAAACCCAAACCCAAGCUUCAAGAGUGCAACUUGGAUCCUUGUCCAGCCAGUGACGGAUACAAGCAGAUCAUGCCUUAUGACCUCUACCAUCCCCUUCCUCGGUGGGAGGCCACCCCGUGGACCGCGUGCUCCUCCUCGUGUGGGGGGGGCAUCCAGAGCCGGGCAGUUUCCUGUGUGGAGGAGGACAUCCAGGGGCAUGUCACCUCAGUGGAAGAGUGGAAAUGCAUGUACACCCCUAAGAUGCCCACCGUGCGGCCCUGCAACAUUUUUGACUGCCCUAAAUGGCUGGCACAGGAGUGGUCUCCGUGCACAGUAACCUGUGGCCAGGGUCUUCGAUACCGUGUGGUUCUCUGUGUUGACCAUCGAGGAAUGCACACAGGAGGCUGUAGCUCAAAAACGAAGCCACACAUCAAAGAGGAAUGCAUCAUACCUACUCCAUGUUAUAAACCCAAAGAGAAACUUCCAGUAGAGGCCAAGCUCCCAUGGUACAAACAAGCUCAAGAGCUAGAAGAAGGAGCUGCUGUGUCAGAAGAGCCUUCGUUCAUCCCAGAGGCCUGGUCGGCCUGCACAGUUACCUGUGGUGUGGGGACCCAAGUGCGAAUGGUCAGGUGCCAGGUUCUCCUGUCCUUUUCCCAGUCUGUGGCUGACCUGCCUGUUGAUGAAUGUGAAGGACCCAAGCCGGCAUCCCAGCGCGCCUGUUAUGCAGGACCGUGCAAUGGGGACAUUCCUGAGUUUCACCCGGAAGAUACUGAUAGUCUCUUCAGUAGCCUGCAAGAUUUUGAUGAGCUGUAUGACUGGGAGUAUGAGGGCUUCACCAAGUGCUCUGAGUCAUGUGGAGGAGGUGUCCAGGAGGCUGUGGUGAGCUGCCUGAACAAACAGACACGGGAGCCUGCUGAUGAGAACCUGUGCGUGACCAGCCGCCGGCCCCCCCAGCUCCUCAAAUCCUGCAGCUUGGAUCCCUGCCCAGCAAGGUGGGAAAUUGGCAAGUGGAGUCAAUGCAGUCUCACAUGUGGGGUUGGUCUGCAAACCAGAGAUGUCUUCUGCUCCCACCUAAUCUCCAGAGAGAUGAAUGAAACUGUAAUCCUGGCUGAUGAUCUAUGUCGUCAGCCCAAGCCCAGCACUGUGCAAGCCUGUAACCGUUUCAACUGCCCCCCAGACUGGUACCCUGGACAAUGGCAGCAGUGUUCCAGAACCUGUGGUGGGGGCAUUCAGAAGCGUGAGGUUCUUUGCAAACAACGCAUGGCUGAUGGCAGCUUUCUGGAACUUCCUGAGACCUUCUGUUCAUCCUCAAAACUGACCUCCCAGCAAGGCUGCAAAAAAGAUGACUGUCCCAGUGAGUGGAUUCUCUCCGACUGGUCAGAGUGUUCCACAAGCUGUGGAGAGGGCACCCAGACUCGAAGUGCUGUUUGUCAAAAGGUGCUGAAAACCGGAGUCUCUGCUAUUGUCAAUUCCUCCUUGUGCCCUCCACUGCCUUUCUCCUCAUCCAUCAGGCCCUGUAUGCUGGCAACCUGCGCAAGGCCCGGUCGCCCAUCCACAAAGCACAGCCCCCACAUCGCGGCCGUGAGGAGGGUCUACAUCCAGACGCGCAGACAGAGGAAGCUGCACUUCGUCGUGGGAGGCUUCGCCUACCUGCUCCCCAAGACCUCGGUGGUGCUGCGCUGUCCCACGCGGCGCUUCCGCAAGCCGCUCAUCACCUGGGAGAAAGACGGCCAGCACCUCAUCAGCUCGGCUCACGUCACCGUGGCCCCGUUUGGCUACCUGAAGAUCCACCGCCUCAAGCCCUCGGACGCGGGCAUCUACACCUGCUCUGCGGGGCCGGCCCGGGAGCAGUUCGUCAUCAAGCUCAUUGGCGGCAACCGCAAGCUCGUGUCCCGGCCUGUGAGCCCGCGGGGUGAAGAUGAGGCCCCGGUGGGGCGCAAGGGGCACCCGAAGGAGGAGGCCCUGCAGCCGCACAAGCACCAGAAUGCAAUCUUCUCCAACGGCAGCAAGCCCGAGAAGCGCGGCCUCGCCGCCGACGCUGGGAACCGCUACGACGACCUGGUGUCCCGGCUGCUGGAGCAGGGCGGCUGGCCCGGGGAGCUCCUGGCCUCCUGGGAGGUGCAGGACUCCACAGAGAGGAACGUAUCCUCCGAGGAAGACCAGAACACCGAGCAGGCCUUGCUGCACCUGCCCUUCACCCUGGUGACCGAGCAGAAGCGCCUGGAUGACAUCCUGCGCAAUCUGUCGCAGCAGCCCGAGGAGUUGCGCGACGUCUACAGCAAGCACCUGGUCGCCCAGCUGGCCCAGGACAUCUUCCGCAGCCACCUGGAGCAACCAGACGUGCUCCUCAAGCCGUCGGAGCGGCGCGGGCCGCCCGUGCCCGUCUCCCCUCAUAAGCUGGUGUCCAGCUUCAGCAGCGCCUUGCGCACGUUGGCCUCUGGGGAGGGGGCAGGCAGCGGGCGGCGGCCCCAGCGCAAACCCACCAUCCUGCGCAAGAUCUCCGCGGCCCAGCAGCUCUCGGCCUCGGAGGUGGUCACCCACCUCGGGCAGACGGUGGCUCUGGCCAGCGGCACCCUGAGUGUGCUUCUGCACUGCGAGGCCAUCGGCAACCCGAGGCCCACGAUUAGCUGGACGAGGAACGGAGAAGCGGUUCAGUUCAGCGACAGGAUUCUUCUACAGCCAGAUGAUUCCUUACAGAUCCUGGCUCCAGUGGAAGCUGAUGUGGGUUUCUACACUUGUAAUGCCUCAAAUGCCUUGGGAUAUGACUCUGUCUCCAUUGCUGUCACCUUAGCAGGAAAGCCACUAGUGAAAACCUCAAGGAUGACUGUGAUCAACAUCAAAGAGCCUGAGAUCACAGUUGAUGUGGGAAGCACCAUCAAAACAGUCCAGGGAGUGAAUGUGACAAUUAACUGCCAAGUUGCUGGUGUACCUGAAGCUGAAGUCACUUGGUUCAGGAACAAAAGCAAACUGGGCUCUCCUCUCCAUCUGCAUGAGGGGUCCUUGCUGCUCACAGACGUGUCGUUCUCCCAUCAGGGCUUGUACACUUGCAGGGCAGCCAAUCUCCAUGGAGAGCUGCUUGAGAAUACCCAGCUACUGAUCCUAGAUCCCCCUCAAAUCCCCACACAGUUGGAAGACAUCAGGGCCUUGCUUUCAGCCACUGGACCGAACCUUCCUUCGGUACUGACAUCUCCCCUGGGAACACAGCUGGUCCUGGAUCCUGGGAAUUCUGCUCUCCUUGGCUGCCCUAUCAAAGGUCACCCUACCCCCAACAUCACCUGGUUCUAUAGUGGUCAGCCAGUUGGCAAUGUGACAGGACUCAGGCAUCAUAUCUUGGCAGCUGGACAGAUUCUCCAGAUUGCAAAUCUCAGUAGCGUGUCUCAAGGGGAAUUCAGCUGCCUUGCUCAGAAUGAGGCAGGAACUCUGGUACAGAAAACCUCGUUAAUGAUCCAAGAUUACUGGUGGUCUGUGGACAGACUGGCGACCUGCUCAGCCUCCUGCGGGAACCGGGGUAUUCAACAGCCCCGCCUGAGGUGUCUGCUGAAUAGCACAGAGGUGAACCCCACACACUGUGCGGGGAAGGUACGCCCCACUGUGCAACCAGUAGCCUGCAACCGGAGAGACUGCCCUGCUCGAUGGAUGGUGACCUCAUGGUCUGCCUGUACCCGGAGCUGUGGUGGAGGGGUCCAGACCCGCCGAGUGACGUGCCAGAAGCUGAAAGCCUCUGGGAUCUCAGUUCCUGUGCCCAAUGACAUGUGCACCCAGCUCGCCAAGCGGCCAGUGGACACGCAGGCCUGUAACCAACAGCUCUGUGUGGAGUGGGCCUUCUCCAGCUGGGGCCAGUGCAGUGGACCAUGUAUUGGGCCUCACCUCGCUGUGCAACACAGACAAGUCUUCUGCCAGACGCGAGAUGGCAUCACCUUACCCUCAGAGCAGUGCAGUGCCCUUCCAAGGCCUGUGAGCACCCAGAAUUGCUGGUCAGAGGCCUGCAGCGUACACUGGAGAGUGAGUCUGUGGACCCUGUGCACGGCCACUUGCGGCAACUAUGGCUUCCAGUCCCGGCGCGUGGAGUGCGUGCACGCCCACACCAACAAGGCGGUGCCCGAGCACCUGUGCUCCUGGGGGCCCCGGCCCGCCAACUGGCAACGCUGCAACAUCACCCCGUGUGAAAACAUGGAGUGCAGAGACACCACCAGGUACUGCGAGAAGGUGAAACAGCUGAAACUCUGCCAACUCAGCCAGUUCAAAUCUCGCUGCUGUGGAACUUGUGGCAAAGCGUGAAGACAGGGCCCGGGGAGGAGUGCUCCCCGGCCAUGCGGAGGACUCACGCAACAGCCUUGGACAGAACUUAAGCUUUCUUUGUUUUAUUUAUUUAUUUCCCCCUCUCUCCCCCACUACACAAACCCUCACCCUGUCUUUCCCUCCCCACCCCUAGCCUGGAGCGUGUCUUCUCCUUCAGGGAGCUGGAGGGCAGAAUGUUGGGAAGGAGGAGGAUGGAGGGAUGAGAGGGGGCGUACAGCACUCUGGGCUGGCA